AUGUCUGCCGCCUCCUGCGCAACCAAACGAGACGUGCUCAAUCGCGUCAAGGAGGUGCUCGAGACGCACGUCAAGUCGGGCGUGAUUGACCGGGAGGACUUCAAGCAGCUGGCGAAGAAGUCGGCGGAGGCGGUCUUUCCGCCGGUGGUCGUGGGGGAAGUUGAUCGAGUCGCGCUGCGGCAGCUGCUGGCAUUUCUGGCUGAGAGCGGCGCGGGAGAGGCGGUGCUCGCGCCCAUUCGGGCAGCGUCGGAGACGGCGGAAGUGAAGGAGAGCGAAAAAGGGGCCACGCCGGACCCGUCCGCGGUGUCGACUGUGGGAACUGGGCUCUCGCUCGCCGCACUGCGGGCGCGGAUGACAAGAAAAAAAGAGGAGCUUAGGCGGCAGCGCGAGGGGGCGCCGGUGACGGCGGAACAAACGCCGCGCGGCGAUGCACCCACCGGGACGGCCAGUGGCGCGCCGAGUGCGUCGCAUGGAGAAACGCUCCGCAGCAGCGCGGUGGCGGAGGAGGAGCCUCCCACCCGCAGGUUUAAGGCGGAGGCACAAGCCCCGCUGCCGCUGCCCUCGUUGCAGGAAGUUGACCUCUACGCGGAUCUCGGCGCCGCUCCCUCCGGCUGGCACACGCAACUGCGGCCCAUGUCCAUGUAG